CAGAAUAACAAUGACUGAGUGAUUCACAAUGCUACAGGUAGUAGUGCCAAAGGGAACCAAAGCAUGGCACUGGAUGCUACUAAAUACAAUAACACACAUUUCUAUUUCUGGGAUAUAAAAUGGAAAAAGACAAGGUAUCUAAUAUGGCCAGAGAAUCAGAUCGAGGAGCUACUACACUUGAAUAUUUGCAACACAUAUAUGGUGAAGAACAGCCAAUGGUUAUGAUAUCUAACUACAGCUUUGAAAAUCAUUCGAAUGAAGUUAAAACUGAACUCAAUUUCAGAACUGAUAUUUUCCCUCCCCAAAAAGCAGGUCAACACGACAUUCUUCUUCUUCAUCUUCACCAUGGAGUAGUGUUCAUACAAGUGAAAGCAGUCGAAGAAGGUAGACGUGGAGCAACUAAAAAACAACGUGAUAACCACAACAGGAAAAUCAGGGAACGUGUGGAAGAGGGCCUUAGCCAGCUGGACAGGGACGUUGAAAUGUUUAAACACGUCAUGGAAGACCUAGACUUAAACAUUCCAAUAACCAAAGUGUUGGCUUUGCCCAAUAUCAGUAAGAAAUAUAUAUCAACUCUCACGACCUCGAUGAAGCUGCUGCAAGACAAAUUGGGAUAUAAUGCACUAGAUAUAUGUCUUUUUCGUGAUCAGAUUAACAUUAACACAAAUUAUGAAAAUGAGGGAAAAGAGCUUUUUCUAGAAUGGUGGAAACAUAACAUCAGCAAGAAGCCUGGUUUCCGUGAUGCAGAUGAGUACAAACAAGUUAUAGGACGAUAUGUCGGUCCGAUGUCCACUGUGAAAAUAAGAACAUUAGGAGAUGUGAUCGCUGAGAUCGACUGCUUCGAGGUGUGCUUUGUCGAACUUAGAUUCUCGGGGAAACUUGGAUUCUCGGAAAACUUAUAUUUUCAAGGAACCAUAUCGGGAUAUAGCUCUGCGGUAGUCCGAUCGUCUCAGGCUGACUCUUUGGAUUUGUAUUCCAUUCCAGCCGAAUGA